UUUAUAUAAAUUUCCCAAAACCUAAUUAGGGUUUAGGUCUCUCUUGCAGUCUCCUUUAUCAGAAGCGAAGGUAUAGGCUGCAGCUCCAGAGUCUGAGAAAAUGGUGAAGGGACGCCAGGGGGAGAGAGUCAGACUCUAUGUACGAGGAACUAUCUUGGGUUACAAGAGGUCCAAGUCGAACCAGUACCCAAACACUUCUUUGAUCCAGAUCGAGGGAGUUAACACCAAGGAGGAAGUAGCUUGGUAUGCUGGCAAGCGUAUGGCUUAUAUCUACAAGGCUAAAGUGAAGAAGAAUGGCUCACACUAUCGCUGCAUCUGGGGAAAGGUUGCUAGACCUCAUGGUAACAGUGGGGUUGUUCGUGCUAAGUUCAAGUCUAACCUUCCCCCCAAAUCUAUGGGAGAUAGAGUCAGAGUAUUCAUGUACCCUAGCAAUAUAUGAGUAGUGUAGAUCUGCUAGGAGAUCAGUUGAUGACUUAAUUGGCUCGACAUUUUCACUUCGUUUUUAUGAACUUAGUCAAGAUUUUGUGUGCUUUGGACUUGUCAUUUUGUUUCUUUAGGAUGGUGGAUUAUGAGACUGCUUUUUUCUACAUA